UAGCAGAGUCUAUAACCUGAAGCGUCUGAAACCCGAGGUACCACUAUACAAAUUUUUUCUCUGUUCAUCAGCUUCUCCUUGGCUGGUUUGCUAGAUCUUUAGCUUGAAUUUAUGCUAACAAUUCUUCAUAAACUCAAGCCCCUAUCUGCACCCCCCCAGCCUUUCUGUCAGAUUAGUAGGCUGCAAGCAAAUAUUGUAGUGUAAAUUGUAGUGUAUUUUGCUUGGUGAAACUGCAGGAAGUUCAUGAAAGGGAAAUUUCCUGGUCCUUUCCCUGCAGCCACUUGAGCCCCCCACCCCCAAAUCUGGAAGAUAGAACGAUUUGGAGUGAAAGCUGGGGCUGUUGGAAAAGGAGUGAGCAUAGGAAACUCGCACAAAUUUGUGUUUUCAGAAAGUUUCCCCUAGCCACAUUCUGCAGAUAGUCAAAGAAAUUCCUCAGAAGUUUUUUUUGGGAGGAGGCUGCAGAGAGGGAAUGGAAAAUUACUUUGUGGGCCAUUCCCUAAGAUGGGAACAGCCGACGUGCUGCCUUCCAAAUGUUGGGCUACAAUUUCCACCAUAUUUUUUUUACUACUAGUGAUGCAUGCGUUGCCCUGUACCCUUCAGAACAUAAUGAGUUUUCUUCAUACUUAAAGGGAAGGCCGCGUGCUGUUAGGACUAUGAGGAAGGAAGAAAUGACUGUCAGUCAAAGGGAGAAGCAGGCGCUGCCGCACUUAACGAACCUCUGGCCGGCACUAAGGCAAAGCCAUUGGGGCCACCCGCCGUCCCUGUGCGGCGCUGAAGCCUCGAUAGGGAUGGACCGUACCACCUUAAACCUGCACGCGGGGUGAAGGGGAAUCACAUUAUUUUGCAAUGCUCUCCAUGUGGAGAGGUCGGGAAAUCCCCUUAAAGAAGGAAACCAGAAUUGCGUGGAGGUGUACUCGGUGUCUUUACUGUCGUUGACAGUAACAAAAACUACCAACCUUCCCCUCCCCUCCCUCUGCUGGCUGAAAUGGAUCAGCCCGUUCAACCGUUUUUCCCGCCGUGCGGAUUCCUGGCUCUAUGCGAGGGGGCGGGAUGAACCCGCGAAAGCUUCAAGGCUGCUUCUGGUUUCAGGGUUGGGGAGACGUUUGAACAAGCCUCCGGAUGGAGGAGGUUUCGGCAGCCUCCACCUCCUUCUCGGCUCCUUCCUCUUCUUCGCCUUGCGCGGAGCGGCGGCCCCGUGGCCUGCUCGGGUCGGAGCAGGCGCCUGCUGGCCGCGGCGGCGACCCUCCGUCUUCCUCGGACGAGCAGCCCCUUCGCCCUCAGAGAGACCGAGGCUCCCGCAGCGGCUUCAUGGCGCCCUUCCUCUCAAGGGGGCUGGAAGAGUCAUACUUUGGAGACAAGAGUUCCUAUGCAGAAAACAUUAGCACAGUGAAUUUGACAAGCUCUUCUUCAACCCGAGCUCUACAUAUUUCUCGAGUACGAAAAACACCUCUCUCAUCAAGUAGAACAGGGUGUAGAAACGGGACUCCUUUUAUGGGAUAUUCAGUUACGUCGUCUUCAGUUUCUGCUCACAAUGCUGCAUCUGUUAUUGUGGCUGUAAUAGAAGGGAGAGGUCUUGCCAGAGGUGAAGUGGGGAUGGCAAGUAUUGACUUAAAAAAUCCAGAAGUUGUGCUAUCUCAGUUUGCAGACAAUACAACAUAUGCCAAGGUUAUCACUAAACUCAGAAUUUUAGCACCUUUGGAAAUCAUCAUGUCAAAUACUGCAUGUGAUACAGGAAAUGCAACAAAAUUGUUCAGCUUGAUAACAGAAAAUUUCAAGAAUGUGACUUUCACUACAGUCCAAAGAAAAUACUUCCAUGAAACGAAAGGCUUGGAAUAUAUUGAGCAAUUAUGUAUACCUGAGUUCAGCACUGUUCUGAUGGAAGUUCAGUCCAAAUACUACUGUCUGGCAGCUGUUGCAGCUGUGCUGAAGUAUGUUGAGUUCAUACAAAAUUCAGUUUAUGCACCUAAGUCACUUAAGAUUAGUUUCCAUGGAAGUGAGCAAACAGCAAUGAUUGAUUCAACGUCAGCCAUAAACCUUGAAUUAAUAACUAACAACAGGAAUCCUAGGAAUGGACACACUCUUUUUGGUGUUCUAAAUUAUACUAAAACACCAGGGGGAAGUCGGAGACUUCGAUCUAAUAUUUUAGAGCCUUUGAUUGAUGCUGAUACCAUUAAUACAAGGUUGGAUUCUGUUCAAGAGCUACUUCAGGAAGAGGAACUCUUUUUGGGUCUUCAGUCAGUUAUUUCAAGAUUCCUGGACACUGAUCAACUACUUUCGGUUUUAGUUCAAAUUCCAAAGCAGGAUACGGUUAAUGCAUCUGAAUCAAAGAUAACAAAUUUAAUUUAUCUGAAGCACACCCUGGAACUUGUAGAACCUUUGAAGGAUGCUUUAAAAAGCUAUAAAACACCAUUGUUAAAGGCUUACUAUAGUUCUUUGGAAGACAACAGGUUUGGAGUCAUACUUGAAAAGAUUAAAACUGUCAUUAAUGAUGAUACAAGAUACACAAAAGGAUGCUUGAAUAUGAGAACACAGAAAUGCUAUGCAGUGAAGCCUAAUAUAAAUGAAUUUCUUGAUAUAGCACGAAGAACAUACACUGAGAUUGUGGAUGAUAUUGCAGGAAUGAUAGCACAGCUUGCAGAAAAAUACAACCUUCCUUUGAAAACAAGCUUCAGUUCCGCACGAGGAUUUUUUAUUCAGAUGAAUGCUGACUGUGCAGCAAUACACAAUGGUCAACUUCCUUCAGAAUUUACCAAGAUUACUAAAAUGAAAAAUGUGUAUAGCUUUACUUCACAAGACUUAAUGAAAAUGAAUGAAAGAUGCCAAGAGUCUUUGAGAGAAAUUUAUCACAUGACAUACUUGAUAGUGUGUAAAUUACUGAGUGAAAUUUAUGAACACAUUCAUUGCCUGUACAAACUCUCUGAUGCAGUGUCUAUGCUGGAUAUGUUGCAGUCAUUUGCCCACGCCUGUACGCUUUCUGACUAUGUACGUCCUGAGUUUACUGACACAUUAGCAAUAAAGGAAGGAUGGCACCCUGUUCUUGAAAAAAUAUCUUUUGAGAAACCUGUUGCCAACAAUACUUACAUCACAGAGGGAAGUAAUUUUAUCAUAAUUACAGGACCAAAUAUGAGUGGAAAGUCAACUUACCUAAAACAGAUAGCGCUUUCUCAGAUUAUGGCACAAAUUGGAUCUUUUGUCCCAGCAGAAUAUUCUUCAUUUAGGAUUGCUGAGCAAAUAUUUACUAGAAUAGGUAUGGAUGAUGAUAUAGAAACAAAUUCAUCAACAUUCAUGAAGGAGAUGAAAGAGAUAGCAUAUAUCAUACAAAAUGCUAAUGACAGAUCACUUAUCAUAAUUGAUGAGCUUGGCAGAGGUACCAGUGCUGAAGAAGGCAUCGGCAUAUGUUACGCUGUCUGUGAAUAUCUUCUUAAUUUGAAGGCAUUUACACUCUUUGCCACUCAUUUUUUGGAAUUAUGUCAAAUUGAUGCCUUAUAUCCCAAUGUGGAAAACAAUUACUUUGAAGUGCAACAUGUGAGAAGUAGUUAUGGAAGUAGGGAGAAAAUUGCUUAUACUUAUGUUCUUUCUAAAGGACACACGGAGGAAAAAAACUAUGGUCUUAAAGCUGCAGAGGUUUCUUCUCUUCCACCAUCAAUAAUACAGGAUGCCAAGGAGAUCAUAACUCUGAUUUCUAGACAAAUGUCGAAGCAACAAAGAAGUACUCCUGAGACAUUAAUGAAGAAGGCUAUAUAUCACUUAGCAAAUAUGUUAGUUCAAACUGCCCGUAACUCUCGACUGGAUCCAGACAGUUUGCGAAUAUACCUAAAAGGUCUGAAGAAAAAGUAUAAGACUGAUUGCCUUGCUGCUGAACAAGUACCUACUGAAGACCAGCAAUAAUUUAUACUAUAGUUUGAAGCACUAAUAUAGGUAGAGCCUGAAAAUACACAUUUUUUUAAAAAAGGCAUGAUAGUUCUGGAGCAUUCUGUUUUUCUGGUUUGCAUGCACCAAUUUUGCAGCAGCAAAACCAGAUAUGUGAACAGAAACAGUAUAAUUCUAGAACUUUUAAAUUAUUAUUCUUCAUUUCAAACAUUAAUUUCCACAGAAAUAUAUUUAGAAUAUGUUGUUUAUAAAAGCUUUUAAAAUAUGAUUAAAUUGUUUUUUAUUCUAUAUUGUUUCAUUUGCCACAUCUAUGAUAUCCCUUCAUAUAAGUUUUAUUGUUGGAAUCUCUAGAUGUGUUGGUUUGAUAAGCUGACUUCUGGGCUGUUUCUGCUUCUUUAUGGUGUUUUCUUGUGCAGUGGGCAACACUGUUAUAGUAACUGCGAGUAUUUAUUGUAAUAUUGAUGGCUGCACUGACAUUCUACAUCAUGUUACUAGUUAAAAAAAAAGGAUUGAGCACUUUCUUUAAUGAUCUAGUCUUUGACCAUACUAAGAGCUCCAUCAUUCUGCAUAGAACAGCUCUUAUGCAUAUAUAAUCCCAUUUCAGCAGAAAAGAGUGAUCUGUUCUGUUUUCUCCUGCACUUCAUUGUACCUAAUGUUGCCUAACAGUAUAGAGUUCCUUUUAAAAACCAUCCACUUUAAAGGAAUUUGAGGGUAUAUGUUGAACAGUGUUUUUUUUUCCUAGGAAAAAAGUGCCUGUACUCACCAGGAAGCAGGGAGAGGGCCCAGCACAUGAGGGGUGUGGCCUGAGGCCAAGGCUGGGUGGUGAGGAAGGGUUAGCUGCUUAAUGAUCCCUCGCCUGCCCACCCACCUACCGGGGCACUGCCUCCCAGGUGAAGAGACUUCCCCUGCCCAGCUUUGGCAGCAAGGCUUCAGUAUCGUGUCAGAGCAUUGCACCUCCUUCCCUAAGCAGGGCAAACGCUUCCCAGGCUUGGGGAAAGCGACAUGGUGUGUUGACAGGGUCCGAGAGCCCUCCCACCUCUCCCCCCCCAAAAGGUGGUAGUACUUCAUACUGUUGCAUACUGCCAGAAAAAAAGCACUGAUGUUGAGACUGAUGUGUGUUGAAUGGAGAAUACAUAUAUAUAUGGUGUGCAUUUACAUGAAGGCAUGGAAAAUGAGCUCAAAUUGACAGUAUAAACUGGAUAUUUCAUACAGUGGUUUGUCAAUAUGCGUAGUUCCCAAGUGAAUUUGGAAGAUGUAAAUUUAUCUGAGGAACUACAUUCAUUGCCAGUCAAUAUACAUGGUCACUAAGUGAAGACUUGAGUGAUAUAUAAUAUUCUGUUUGUUCAUGUCAGUUUUUACACAUUCCUCAUAUCUUCUGCUUAUUUCUAAUUUCUGGUGUUUGUACAGUACAUUCAACAUAAAUUUCCCAAAACAUA